ACAGACAGUCUGGGCGUGAGGACGGAGCCGCCGCCUCCAGCCGGGACUCGGCCCCGGGGUUCGCGCGGGCAGCGCGGGCCCUUCGCCGCCGCGGCGUCCCGCCCUCCCCGUCCCCCGUGGGCAAGAACGCCACCCUCCUCCCUCCUCCCCUCCUCUUUGGUGUCUCCAGCCAGGAGGCGGGAGUGACCCGCAGCAGCUGACCGGCACAGGCGCGGCCGCCCCACAGCCCUCCUGACACACCAUGGGCCCAGAGGCGCCUCCGCAGCACAGCAGCCUCGACGCCGGCGGCGGCUUCGAUCACAGUCAGCUGCCUCCCUGACCGUCGCCCCCAGCCACCGACGCCCUGAGGAGCCUCGCUCCCAGCAGCAGGAGGACCCACGAAACUGACGAAGUGCCCCUCCGGGACCAACUUAAGCUACGUCAACAAAAAUGGCGGAUGGAGGGUGGCGGGCGGAGUCAAGAUGGGAAGACUGGGGGGCGCACGUCACACCCCGAGCCCCCCUGCGGCAGGGUGGGAACCGCCCAGGUCCUCAACAUGGCGACAGCGGCCGAAACGCGCCUGCGCAGGUGACUCCCGCCCCGCCCCGCCCCGGCCGGCGGGAAGUGAGAUUCUCGGAAGAACCGCCGGAAGUGUAUGGUGAUUUAGAGUCCCCGGUGAGUGGCGACAGGCCCCCCGGAGGAAAACGCAGCCCGCGAGAAGAGUUCCGCCACGAUUCAGAGAAAGAGGAAGUGAGAGAAAACACAUACUAUCUUCGGUCUCAGCGGAGGCAGCCUGCACCCCGGGUCAGCGAGAUGAAGACGCGGCGGACUGCCCUCCAGGAGCAGCAGCAUCAGGAGCCUACGCUGCAGCCGUCUCCGGUCACAACCCGGAGAAGCUUACGGGACGCCCAGUUCUCUGAAGACGAGGCGGUCGGAGAGGAUGAACCAUCUUCACAAGUCAUUUUAAAGCAAACAGUCUCAAAGAAAAAAAUCAGAACACAAGACACUUCAGUGGUGAGUGAAGUUCUUAUGAGUGACCUCCGUAGACCUCCUCUGAGAAGCUCCAGAUCUGAUUCAGCAUACACAACAAAUGGAAAUACUAAAAUGAGUGAAUUCGAAGCUGCUAGUGUCCGGCAGAGAACUAAUUUCUGUGAAGGAGAAAUGGAAAAUGAUGAUCAAGACACCUCUGACAGUGAAGUUUCUACUGCUGUAGUCAGAAACAGGGAUUCUGUUGAAUCUGGAGACCAAACCUCCAGAUCAUCAAGUCAGUAUCAAGAAUCAUUUUGGCAGUCAUCACAAAGUCAAGACAUUACAGCUCACGAUAAACAACCUUCAGUGUCAAGUUCUGGAUAUCAAAAAAUUCCCCAGGGAAUAGUGGAACCAACCAUUCGCAUAAGGAGUAAGAUGCAAACAUCAUCACCAGACAAGAGUCCAGUAUAUGGCAACUUUUCAUACGGUGUCAACAAACAGAAAUCAGCUCUUGGAAACCAGUCUCUAUCAACCUCUAGUAAUCCUGAAGGGACAGAACAGUCCAAAGAUGCAUCUUUCCUCAAGAGGAGUUGGUUGUGGCUAGUUGUUCUGUUCAUUUUUGUCACCUGCAGUAUAUGGUUCAUUCAAACUCCUGAGGCAGAAACCACUGCCGCUAUUGAAAAAUUCCAAAUCCGGAUGAAACAGCUUAUGGAAAGGUACCAAGGUCAAGAUGAGAAGCUAUGGAAGAGGAGCCUCACAUUGCUGGAAAAACAUCUUAGAAGCUCCCGGCCACCACCUCAGCCUGCUAUCCUGCUCCUCACUGCUGCCCGAGAUGCUGAAGAAGUACUCAGGUGUCUAAGUGAGCAGAUUGCUGAUGCCUAUUCUUCUAUCCAUAGCAACCACGCCAUCCGAAUUAAUGGGACAAGCAAAGCCUCUCAAGACAGUGACACUGUCAAACAUGAAGUUGAUCAAGAACUGAACAACGGAUUCACAAAUGGCCACAAGGCAGCUGUGGUACACCGCAUCGAGUCACUGCCUGCCAGCUCGACCUUGAUCUUCUACAAGUACUGUGACCAUGAAAGUGCAGCCUUCAAGGAUGUGGCAUUAGUCUUAACUGUCUUGUUGGAGGAAGAGACACUUGGCACCAGUCCAGACCUAAAAGAAAUUGAAGAAAAAGUGAGGGAUUUCCUCAAAGUCAAGUUCACCAAGUCUGACACACCUAACUCCUACAAUCAGAUGGACUCAGACAAAUUGAGUGGACUCUGGAGUAGGAUUUCUCACUUAGUUCUGCCUGUACAACCUGAAAAUGCCCUGAAAAAGGGUAUCUGCUUAUAAGUAGUGAUGGGAGAGAAAAAUCAUGUCUCAAGUUCUUAAAAUUUUUUCAGACUUUCUAACCAGAGAGGAUUCAGAGCUUUUUUUUUUCUUUUUGAAAGAACUGAUUUCUUAUGAAAAGAAUUUAAGUUCUGAUGUAAACAUGGAACAUCUAAAUCAAGCUGGUUAUCUGUUACUUGAGAGAAUCAUUUCUCUGUGUCCCCUGAGUGCUGUAUUAAUGGUAUCUGAGGACUUUUUAUCCAACCUCAUAGAGGGUCUGUGGAGAUUCUAGUUUAAUCACUAUGGUAUAAUUUGUGGAAGAGAUUAUAGUGUCCUUCCUCUGAAUCUUCCCAAAUUUUUAGCCUUUUUUUUUUUUUUUAAUAGUUUGUUAUUAGUAAGGCAUCUCCCUAAGUACAGGCAUAGGUUUUCUCAUUUUGUUCUCUUUUGAAUCAUUUAGCUGUAAGUUCCUUAGUCAGCUUCUGCUUUAGGAGCAAACAUAAUGAAAGGGCUCUCUUUGUUUUCAGAGGGUAGGAGAAAGAGGCCAAGGAAAAGAGAGAAGUUGUAGAAUAGGGAAGCAAAGUAAGUGCCUGGGGGAAUCUCCAAGAUGAAAUGUUACAAUAAGCCACCAAGAUUUAGGUUAGUCAGAGUUACAAGAACUUCAUUCUCAGUGAAUUCUGAUGAGAUUUGUUUUACAUAUGGCCUUCUUUUCCUUUCAGAAAUUCUUAGUUGUCCCUCUUGGGGAGCAUACUUUUGAGACAUGUGUAUCACACAGUUUAAUGUAUUUGUCCAUUUGACUCUUAAGAGUAAAUUCAGAGCAGUUUAUUUGAACAUAUCCUGAAGAUUUUGUUUUGAAUUAAGAAGUGUAUUUUCAGGGUGGAUAAAUCAUUUGUUAGCUAGCUCUUCUGAGCUAUUGAAGAAAAAUGUAAUUUCUUCUUACCUAUCCACCUGUUGCAGUCUUAAGUCCUUUAAUGAUACUCUUAUAACAUAGAGACUUACUAUGCACAUAAUAAAUUUAUUUGAGUGCCUCAAGCCAAAAAGAAAGUGAAUUUUACCAUAUAUGAAGAAUGUUAAGAUGUAUAAGUAUACAUUACUGUGCAACUGUAGAAUUUUAUCUUUGCAUCUGUAACUCAGCUUUCUCACUAUCAACUGUUUUGGUUUUCUUAGAAUCUUAAAAUUCUAGAUUCAUGUUGCUUUUUUAACUGUCAGCAUAUCUUUUAAGUGAAAUACUGUUUUUAGAGUACUAAAGCUAGUUAUAAGCUUCAUCAUUUACCUUUGGAAGAUCCCAACAGCGGAAGUAGCAAGUGGACUUCAGUUUCUAGGAGAAAAUGCUAGAAACUGAAACUAGCAGUUUCUUUCCAUGAGAUCUAACAGUAUUCAUAAAUUUAUGCCCCUUACUGUCAUUUUUUUACCCUGACGGUCAGAGUCAGAUUAUCUGAUUUACAGAGGAAUCUGAAACAAGAGCUUUUGAAAAGGCUUAUUUUAUACAUGUGUAAUUAUAUGGAGAAACAAAAGAUUUACUAAGUGUUUCACUUACCAAAAUAAUUUUAAAGUAAUUGAUGUUAUAUACAUCUUUCAGUAAAAAUAAUUUAUAGUUGCAGAUGUCCAGAAUCACCUUUAAAAUAUUUUAGUAAUUUAAAUAAAUAUUGAUUUGUACUCUGUGUU